CCGACGCGGCGCAACGUCUCUCGAGCCGAGGGCCGCGGCCUUUGCAUGUACUCUUUCGUCGGCGCACGACAAUGACUGGAAACACAACAAAUACUCAGUACCUAGAGGACGUUGCAAAGGCUAAUGCUGUCAAGGUGCGCCGUGAGCUUCCCGGAGCGUGGAUGAAGGAGUUGGCGGCGCGGGGUCUGCUGCGCCCACAGCCCGCCCCGGCAGUCCUGAACCUGCCUGACAAGAAGACGAAGAAGCAAGAAUAUGUGGCCUCUCACUUACACAACUUCGCUGGACCUCCUAGUGCUACCAAAAGCCUACCAUUCGGCGUCACACCUAUUCAAACUUCAUCAGUUGUACCAGCUGGCGCGUCAUUUUCGGGAACGACUAGUGCAGCAAAU